AUGCUUUGGCGCAAGAUCACGUUCCCUUUCCCUCAGAGUUUACGGAGGCUGGCGGAGCCCGCUGGCAGUUACUCCUGCGUGGCAGCGGCUCUGGCCCUUCUGCUCUUCCUGCUGCCCACCAGCUGCCCGGCGGUGGGCGCGCAGAAUGACACCGAGCCCAUCGUGCUGGAGGGCAAGUGUUUGGUGGUAUGCGACUCUAGCCCGUCCGCCGACGGUGCCAUCACUUCAUCGCUGGGCAUCUCCGUGCGCUCUGGCAGCGCCAAGGUGGCUUUCUCGGCCACGCGCAGCACCAAUCACGAGCCGUCUGAGAUGAGCAACCGCACCAUGACCAUCUACUUCGACCAGGUAUUAGUUAAUAUUGGGAACCAUUUUGACCUCGCUUCCAGUAUAUUUGUAGCACCAAGAAAAGGAAUCUAUAGCUUCAGUUUCCAUGUUGUGAAAGUAUAUAACCGACAAACUAUCCAGGUAAGUUUAAUGCAAAAUGGCUAUCCCGUGAUUUCAGCUUUUGCUGGCGAUCAAGAUGUUACCAGGGAAGCAGCCAGCAACGGGGUCUUGCUUCUUAUGGAAAGAGAAGACAAAGUGCAUCUCAAGCUGGAGAGAGGAAAUCUCAUGGGAGGAUGGAAAUAUUCAACCUUUUCAGGGUUCUUAGUCUUUCCAUUAUAAAGAAAGAGCAAGGUGAAUCCUAAUCUGCAAGCCGGCACAGGAAUUUGGUCGUUAAAUAACAACAACAAAUGAAAAGACCCCCCUGUCUCCUCCUAGAACUUGGCUAGACCUGCCGGUAAUUCUAAACACCCCGUCAGACUGCCAUCACAGAAGAAUGAGAAAACUUCUUGAUGCCAUUCUUUGUGUUAACUCUUGACAGUUCCUUGAGAAAUUUGCAGCUCUGAUUAGUUUUAGAUGACAGUCAUCUUUAAGAAAAAAGAAAUGAUCAACCUGAGCAAUUUGUACCUGUGAUUGUAAAGUCAAUUUUGGAUUUUAUUGUUGGGAUUUCAUUUACUUUCUUCCCUUUCUUCCUCUACUUGUCCUGAAGGGAUGCAUUAAUUGGGACCACAGAAGUGUUUCUAUGGGACUUAUUCCAAAGCCAGAAGACCCUGAUAUCUGAUGAUACCUUCCUGUGUGCUUUCUCUUUUUGUGUUUGCAUAGCCUUAAAAAAAAAAAAAAAACAAAGUACCAAGAGAAAAACAAGAAUUGCUCCAAACUUCAAACCUGUAUAUUCUGGGGGAGGAUAAUUUUUGGACAUUACUGUGUCAAGAAGUGCUUUAUUCAGUGAAGCAAAUUUUGCACGAUUGGAACCUAUUUUAUUUUGUGUUACUCGUGUUUUCCAUCAUCCUUCUUUCCAUUUUCUGACUGUUCUUGUGCUAAAGAAGAAAGGUGGUUUGACCCAUAUGAUAAAGCAAGCACAUAUAUACUCUGUGGCUUGCACUGAAACUAACCAAUGAACGAUGCUGCGUGCGCUAUCCAGCUGGUUUAAUAGAAGCAUUUGUUGGCACAGUGGAAGACAAUACAGCUCGAGUUGGAAAGGGAGGGACUGACAUUUCUGAUAUUACCUGAAUCUGUUCCAGAAGGUUGUGAAUAUCUCAAGUGAAAAUACUGUAAAAUAAUAGCAUUUCUUUGCAUUACUGGGAAUCAUUUGCUGCUUUCCUGAUAUUUAUUUGAUGGAUUAAUUUACUUAUGGUUAUAUAUGCUGUGAUUUGGCCUCUCUGAGUGUUCCAACAAGUUAUCUUCCCUCCAGGUUAAAUAAAAAUAGAUACACACCAAAUUUGCUAGGAUCAACAAUUUGUGUGCCAGAAUCAGGGACACUGAAAUCCAGAGGCUUUGAAA